AUUCCCGCCAUAUUUUACUAUUCUUAAAAUGUCUACUUCGGUUUCUGCAAACCGGACAUGAAUUAUUUUGAUCAACGCAAUCGCAUUAUUCCAUUAAAAAAUCAAUUGCUUGCGUGAUUUAUUACGCUAAUUAUUUAAUAUUUUGAUCAAUUUUAUGUAGGUAGUAAACUAUAAUAAUUUCUGCCUAUUUUUAUUCUCUUUAAUUAAAGGAACACAUAUCAUUGCAACCUUAUUAGCCAUGUCGAGUAAUGCGAAAUUAUCACGAGAUAAUGAAAGUUCAGAGCCAUCGAAUAGUAUAUUAGAGGAAAAACUGGCAAAACUAAUUGAUACCGCUACUGAAAUGUGCUAUACUGUUACAAAAGUUGUAGAGGAGCUAAGACAAGAGAUGAUUGAAGAUCGAAGCAGAUUUUUAGAUGAGCUAAAAUCACUACGCAAUGAGACAGAGGAACAGGAUGAACCAAUUAGAAAAGUUACUAUACCAAAGGAUCUUGAUAAAGUAAUAGAUAGAUUUUUUGGUAGUGAUGAUGUAGUUGGCGAGGACGAAGAACUAAAUGGAAGACGGGAAACAUUUUCCCGAAAAAAAUCAUCUUCAAAAGCCCAUCUUCGCUGCUUCAAUUGCGACGAUCUUGGACAUUUGGGGCGAGACUGUCCUAGAAAAGGAACUGGUCUAAAACUGUGCUACAGUUGCAAGAAAUUCGUCAAACACAAAGCAAUUGAAUGUCCGGAAAAGGAUACUAGUCCUUACUUUCGAAAGCGCUCACCAAGCGAAAGUUUUGAGGCCAAUGAAAACAAGAGGUCAAAAUUCACUAGCGAUAGAAACAGAAGUAGCUAUUCUGGAGACGAUUAUUGAUGCUCUUUUAAUAAACGUAAGGCUAGGAGUUAUUAGAAUUCUCGAUCGGUAUUCAUCGAUAUUUUUCACACAUAUAACAUGAUAAAAUAAGCAGAGAAAAUUAAUGAAAUUCCGCAACUCUAUAAUUUUGAUAUACUUAUGGUAGGCCAAUUUUCGUCCUCGCAUUCACGCAAUAUGUUCGCGUCGAGAAGUGUUCGCAGAAAAGUUUCUCUCAAGUCUCUUUGAAUUAAUUUUUUCAGGAGAGCAAAAACUGAAACCUAUCAUAAAACCCGUAAGUACAAUUUUAUGAACGACAAGAAACGAUAUCAAAACUUGGAGUACGUUAGUUUAUCAUGAAAAUAUUCCUAAAAACGAACUAUUUAUAAAUUCAUCAAUUCGCAAACCCAAUGUUGAUUCGUAAAAUGUUAUGUGAUAAUUUUACUUAUAAUGACACGAUAUAGUUGUAAUCAAAGAAAAAAUUAUUUCG